UUCUUCUUACUGCUCCAUUGAACAAACCCAUUGACGCCAUUUUUCACUUUUCAUUUUUCAUUUCCCCCCAUUUUCUACUCUACCAAAUUUCUUCUCCGGGCCCCAUAAACAGUCGGAAUCUCGAGCUUUCCCACUGGAAACAGCCGUCCAUUUCUUCAUCUCUACACGAUUCCCCAUCUUUAUUCCAUAAUCACCAUUUUAAUAUUCAAGCCUUGAGCUAUAAAGGGUCGCUUUGAAAUCGUUUCAAAGAUGUGUCUAUUGGAUUCUACCAAAGGUCUGCAGAUGAUGGCGGCCGAGGACAAGAAGAGAGUGGUGGUUGUAGGUGGAGGAAUUGGCGGCGCAUUUGUUGCUUAUUCUCUUCAAUUUGUCGCCGAUGUCGUUCUAAUCGAUCAGAAGGAGUAUUUCGAGAUCUCAUGGGCAGGCUUGAGGUCAAUGGUGGAGCCAUCAUUUGCUGAAAGAUCUGUGAUUAAUCAUACAGAAUACCUUCCCAAUGCAAGAAUUAUUGCAUCUUCAGCCACAAGUAUUACAGACAAGGAAGUUUUCGUGUCAGAUGGCUCUUCAGUUCCUUACGAUUAUCUUGUUGUUGCCACCGGUCACAAGGAAAACAUUCCAAAAAGUAGAACUGAAAGGCUCAGUCAAUACCAAGCAGAAUGUGAGAAGAUAAAAUCUGCCGAUACGAUUUUAAUAAUUGGAGGAGGCCCUACUGGUGUUGAACUUGCAGCUGAAAUUGCGGUUGAUUUUCCCGAGAAAAAUGUGAAAUUAAUACACCGAGGGCCGAGAUUAAUGGAAUUUGUCGGGGCUAAGGCUUCUCAAAAAGCACUGGAUUGGUUAACAUCAAAGAAAGUUGAAGUGAUCCUCCAACAAUCUAUUUCAAUGCAAUCUUUAUCAGAGGGAGUAUAUCAAACUUCAGGUGGCGAGACUAUUGCAGCCGAUUGCCACUUUAUGUGCACCGGAAAACCAAUUGGAUCUCAGUGGCUGAAAGAGACCAUCUUGGCAAAAAGCUUGGACAUCCAUGGAAGACUGAUGGUCGACAAGCACCUGAGAGUCAGGGGUUUUAAGAAUGUCUUUGCAGUGGGAGAUAUCACAGACCUUCAGGAAAUCAAACAAGGUUAUUUAGCAGAAAGACAUGCGCAUGUAACUUCCAAGAACCUGAAACUGAUGCUAGCAGGAGCAAAUGAGAGCAAGCUAGCUACGUACAGACCCGGUUCCCAGCUCGCAAUCGUUUCUCUCGGAAGGAAAGAAGGAGUUGCACAACUACCUUUCAUUACAAUUAGUGGAUGCAUUCCUGGAUUGAUUAAAUCUGGUGACUUGUUUGUGGGAAAGACAAGAAAGGAACUUGGAUUAGCACCUUGACGCUUCAUCGAGCAUGCCUUCGAUCUGAACAAUCCAGUAGUUGCUGGCAUUUUCUUCCCUGACCUGGUUCUACAAAACCAACCGAUGUACAACAUGGUCACCAAAAUUGAUGGUAGAAUAUUGAACAUUCUCCGAUCUUUUCAAUGUGAGUGGGCUUGGUUCGUCUUCAUUGUAUUGUAUCUUUCACAUAAAAAUGGCUUGAAAGACACUAUGAUGUGUGAUAUUAGAAUUGAAAUGUCUUAGAAGACAUGAAAAGGGAAGGCUUUGAAGUUAUAUCUCAUGACAGUGCAGAAUUGUAAUAUUUUGUAGUGAGUUUGAGAGAAGCUUGUGUUUGUGUAAUAUUCUUUUUUUUUUUUUUUUUUGAAGAUUUUCAAUUUCAUUCUUCUUGUAUUAUCCCUUUUUUAUUAUACAAUUAAAGUGCUUAUUGUCUCAAAA